AUGCAUGACCUGAUUGAGGGUGUCCAUAACCGUGCCACUUCACUUGGUCGUAACACAUGGAAGAAGCUUAUCGGUUCUAAUGCCUCCCUACAGCUGAACUGCAACAGAGAGGGCUUCAACGUCAUGGGUAGCGUGGGUGGUUCAAAAGUACGAAUUGGCAUCAUAGGCAACCAGGAAAACGACUGCGCAUCCCCCGACUCCAGAAUCGGUUUUGGUGCCGGUGGUUUUCCAACAGGCGACCCUUCGUGUGGAAACGUGGGCAGUUUCAGUUCUGAUAAUGGCGACGUGACCAUCAGGACCGUCGGAUACAUCUUUGUUUAG